UUUCACUCUCAACACUGAAAGUUUUGACAGGCAGAUAAAACCUGAUCAUCUUUCUUUAUCAUUUACAGAACCCUUUGUAACUGAACAGAAAUGUCAACUGCUGGAAAGGUUAUCAAGUGCAGGGCUGCAGUUGCCUAUGAAAGCAAAAAGCCAUUUGUCAUUGAGCAAAUAGAUGUUGCUCCACCCAAAGCCAAUGAAAUCCGCAUAAAGAUUUAUGCCAGUGGAAUCUGUCACACUGAUGACCAUGCUUUGGGAGGUGGAAUGGCUGGCAUAAAAUUUCCCAUUAUUUUGGGACAUGAAGGAGCUGGAAUUAUUGAGAGUGUUGGAGAAGGAGUGACAAAAUUUCAUCCAGGAGAUCACGUCAUCCCAUUGUGUAGUCCAAUGUGCAUGAAGUGUAAAGCCUGUCUGCAUGAAGGCAGCAACUUCUGUGAACAAAAUGAUGUUGGAAAAAAUUGUGGACUCAUGCUUGACAAAACCAGUCGAUUUUCUAUCAAUGGGAAACUGAUCCACAACUUCAUGUCUUCAAGCACAUUUACUGAAUUCACUGUUGUUGAUGCAUUUGCAUGUGUUAAGAUUGACAAGGCUGCCCCUUUGGAUGAAGUGUGCCUGAUUGGCUGUGGAUUUUCCACUGGUUAUGGGUCAGUCAUCAACAUUGCAAAAGUAACACCACACAGCAGUUGUGUGGUUUUUGGAUUGGGAGGAAUUGGCAUGUCAGCUGUCAUAGCCUGCAAAGUGUCUGGUGCUUCAAGGAUUAUUGGAGUAGACAUCAACCCAUCCAAGUUCCCUAAAGCUAAAGAGCUGGGAUGUACGGAAUGUUUGAACCCAAAUGACUUUAAAGAACCCAUUCAUGAGGUUAUUACGAAAAUGACAAAUGGAGGAGCUGACUUUGGAUUUGAAUGCAUUGGAAAAGUUGAUGUGAUGGCAUCCAUGAUUCAGUCAACCAAUUAUUCCUAUGGAGUUGCCACUAUAAUUGGGGUUCCCAAUUCAACUGAUAGACUUUGCUUAGAUGUGAUGUGGCUUCUAACUGGACGCACAAUCCAAUCAGGCUUUUUGGGAGAUUAUAAGGCACCUCUGGACUUCCCUUGUUUGGUACAGGAAAACAUGGUUGGAAAAUUUAACCUUAAUGAUAUCGUGUCAUACAGGCUCCCAUUAGAAAAGAUAAAUGAGGGAUUUGAUCAAAUGAAAAAUGGAAAAACUAUCCGUACAGUUCUGGUAAUCGCGCAACAGAAAUCACCUGACAAGGAAUGCUAAUCACCUGUCAACAAUGACAGUCUUCCUUCAUUUGAAUGUAACACAUGCACCAACUGGCAGUUUUCUUAAAUUUCUUAGGGUUGGCUUUGUAGUUUCUGUCCUAGCUUUUGGUGAUUGCUCUAUCAAAUAAUCAUAAAUACAGUACUUUGUUUUUAAAUAUACUUUCAAUGACCUACAAGAUAAUAAAAUAUAUUAUUUUGCUUUAAA